CCGUGUUCAGCUCCAGCGCGUCGUCGCUGCUGCUCGGCGGAAGCUUGGUUGAUGACGGCUCUACCAUCUAAUUACAAACAGGGGCGUUACCAAAGCAGAAGAUAAAGCAGGUGUAACAGGUGACAUCUUGACAUAGAGCAAGGGCAARCAGACAAGAAAAGACUGAAGAAGAGUCGCUUAUAAUUUUAAGGCUCCGAGACGAACCUUUGGAUCAGCUCAAGAUCUGAAGAGUGAAAAGGACUGAAAAAAUAUUUUUGAGCACUGACGAAAAAGACGAAGGGAGGACGACCAAAAACAAGAAGAUAAGAAGUGACUGAGAGGUGAGAAGAAACCUGACAAUGUCUUCAUUUGAGAACCAGAACCAGUCUCCUCCUCGUUGUGGUCCACAGUUUCCAAAUUUGGGUCAGGAGCCCCCUGAGCUGAGCAUGUACGGUGAUUGUUACUACCCUCCUCCUUCACUGCCGAGUCCUCAGCGCACAACUCCAGCUUCCUACGACCUGAGUGACUACGCAGCUUCGUCCCCAAACCCUUACCUGUGGUUCAACAGCUCCGGAAUCAACACGUCCUCAUACCUGUCUGCCACCGGCCCACCAGGUAAUCCUGGCCCUCCUUUUGUGCCUCAGCACUACGGCAUGCAGAGGCCUUACCUGGGUCCAGCUGGGCCUGGCGGUCCGGGAGGGGAACUGAGCUGGUUCUCUCUUCCCUCACAAGAAGAUUUGAUGAAGCUGGUCCGCCCACCUUAUUCUUACUCUGCUCUCAUCGCCAUGGCUAUCCACGGAGCGCCAGACAAGAGACUAACACUGAGUCAGAUUUAUCAGUAUGUAGCUGAUAACUUCCCGUUCUACAACAAGAGUAAAGCAGGCUGGCAGAAUUCCAUCAGACACAACCUGUCACUCAACGACUGCUUCAAAAAAGUUCCACGAGAUGAAGAUGAUCCAGGUAAAGGCAACUACUGGACACUUGACCCAAACUGUGAGAAGAUGUUCGACAAUGGAAACUUCCGUCGCAAAAGGAAGAGGAAGUCUGAUUCCCUGGCUGGUGGUGACGGCAGCUCAGGGGCUCCAGAGUCCGGUGAUAGUGAGCGAGGCAGCCCCAAACACCCAGCCCUCAACAUGUCCCCACCACCAGACAGAAUCCCCUCCCCGUCUCUGUCCGGUCCCACACCGUGUCUAAGCAGCUUCUUGUCUGAAAUGUCGACAGUUUCUGCUGGAGGAACAAAUGAGGUGGGGGGCGACGGGCUGAGCAGGCCACUGCAGAUGAACCUUCCUUUAGAUGGGGCUCACAGACCCACCCAGCCAGGAAGCUUCAAUAACUACUCCCCCAACUCAGGUGUCCCAGAGUGGGUACCACAAGUGCCACCUCCCUCUGUGCUCACCUCUUCACCCACCCAUUCUUCUCUGGGUUACUCCAGCCCCAUCAUGAGCCAGUACAAUGGGUCCASUGGGCAUUUCUAUCCUUCGUUGGGCUCAACGGGAAUCAUCUACCAUCGAGAGGGCACAGAAGUUUAAGAAGACRUUAAGGGGGAGGGGGUAUGUUAUGUUUGGAAAGACUGUUUAAAAGAAAUUUUCAGAUGUCUGAUGUUACUUUUGUUUAAGAGUUCUUCUGCCGUGAAAACCGAUACACAGGGGAAAAGUAAACGUAGGUUUGCGCUGACAGAGACAGUUGAGCUCCCACCAGUAUGUGACAGUUGAGUAAAACGGCUUUGAUUCCCACAGAAACAGCUGAGUCAGGUGCAGCAGCCUAAGAUCAUCAGCCCCAGAAACCGCUUUUAGCUUCACUAUCAGAUCCUCUGUCAGCUUUUAUUCUAACUUAAGCUAGUCUCUAUCAGAUCUGACUCAAUAUUAACAGAACCUCAGCCUGAUCUGCUGACUCCAGGCUAUUCGACAUCGCUAUCUGUAAUUCUUUGAUGGUAUCACUCUUUCAGUGCACAGACAGCACAUUUAGAGGGAGGUGUAUGUUGUCAACAAUGUAUCUGAAGUCACUGCACUAAAAAAAGUAUACCUUUGGUCAAGGUAUUCGAGUUCAACAUUUAAACAAUGGGAUUAUUUUACAGUCUGGGAGUGUAAUAUGUGGUAACUGUAWAUAGGUUCAUGUAUUGUGGUUUAUAUGUGAUUGUUGGUUUAUUGGUGCAACUUUUAUUGGUCAGAAUGAAUUUGUUAGAUGUGCUACAUGCUGUUAUUUUGUGUUUUGAUAUGAAUAAAAAGUUUUAGAAUUACA